CUUUUCUUUAGUGUUUUGACUAAUAAUUGGUCAAGCCUACCAUUACAAACUAUGUUCCAUUACCAGUACAGAGCACAUGGUUUCACUUUUUAACCAAGCAACUUUAUCUUAAACUUGCUUAUCAAGAACUGUCUCUUCGGUAACACAAAAGGGUCUUUUAUCAAAACCUAUAUAUAGGAUACUUUUCAUAAUUGGAGUAAGAUCUACAAAACAGAGAGUUGUAUACUUUAAAUCAUUUAGAGGUUGUGAAAUAUUAUGGAGAGUGAAGGAAAGAUUGUGUUCACAGAAGAGCAAGAGGCUCUUGUAGUGAAGUCUUGGAGUGUCAUGAAGAAAAACUCAGCUGAAUUAGGUCUCAAACUCUUCAUCAAGAUCUUUGAGAUUGCACCAACAACGAAGAAGAUGUUCUCUUUCUUGAGAGACUCACCAAUUCCUGCUGAGCAAAAUCCAAAGCUCAAGCCUCACGCAAUGUCUGUUUUUGUCAUGUGUUGUGAAUCAGCAGUACAACUGAGGAAAACAGGGAAAGUUACGGUGAGGGAGACUACUUUGAAGAGACUUGGAGCCAGCCAUUCUAAAUACGGUGUCGUUGACGAACACUUUGAGGUGGCCAAGUAUGCAUUGUUGGAGACGAUAAAGGAGGCAGUGCCGGAGAUGUGGUCACCGGAGAUGAAGGUGGCUUGGGGUCAGGCUUAUGAUCACCUUGUUGCUGCCAUUAAAGCUGAAAUGAAUCUUUCCAACUAAAAAAUCAUAUACUAUUAUAUAGUUGUAAACUUGUAAUAAAUAUUUCAUUUUGAAUUGUUCUCAUGACUGUUGUUCUAUUUGGUUUGGUUUGAUUUAGUGACAAUAAUAUAUAUAUAGUGUGCAUUCCAAAAUCCUAAUCAUUUUGAAUACAAGUUUCUUACUAAUUGUUUUGCCCAAAAAAAAAAUGUUUCUUACAAAUUGUAUUAAGAUUAUGAUAUUUUUGAUAGACUUUAAAAUAAAUAUAAUUACUU